GGGACCAGGCGGGCGGAGGUGAGCGCGUGCCCAGCCCAGCCUCGCCGCCGCCGCCGGGGGGCAAGAUGGUCAGCGCCGCCGCUUCCGCCGAAGGCGCUCUGCUGGCGCUCGGUAUUUUAUUAGCAGUGUGCCAAGCCUUGGAGAACACAACAUCUGCCUUGAGUGCUCCCCCAGUGGCGGCGGCUGUAAGAUCUCAUUUUGACAACUGUCCAGAUGCCCACACUCACUACUGUUUCCAUGGUACCUGCAGGUACUUGGUGCAGGAGGAAAAACCAACUUGCGUGUGCCACUCUGGGUUUGUUGGGACACGGUGUGAAAAUGCAGACCUCCUUGCGGUCGUAGCUGCCAGCCACAAGAAACAAACCAUAACCACCUUGGUGGUGGUUUCGGUGAUCGCAUCCGUUGCAUUGAUCAUCAUCUGCGUCCUAAUACAUUGCUGCGGGAUACGGCAACAUUGUGAAUGGUGCAGGACUAUUCCCUGCCGGCACGAGAAGCCCAACGGGCUCUUGAAGGGAGGAACAUCUUGCUGCAACUCAGAAACAGUUGUUUGACAGAGGCUACGUCUGCUGAGAUACAUAUUGCUGUGUGUAGAUGGGACCACUUCAGCAUCCCACCAGAGGCCUACAAUAUUCCAGAGAAAGACUUAACAUGGACAAAAAAGCUACCCAGGGAUAAAACAGUAUUGGCAAGCAGACUCCAUGCAUCUUUGGGUACUUUGUUAUAUCCUUCGUUUAUACAUUGGGUGUCCGGAACUUUGCCAAAGGGAAGACGUUGGCCACCUGGCACCAGGCUUAAUCUGUAUAUGGAAAUCUGGACAACGAAGAAAUCCCAAAGACUUUAUGUAGUAAAAUAAAGAUUUAAAAAGUGCACAUUGGACAGCUUUGUGUUUACGUAACUAUUCGAAAUGGAGGCGGAAGGGGUGGUUAGGCAAAGGAAAAGAAUAUGUGUACAGUUUAGGUUGGGGUAGGGUGAUUUCCCAAGUAUCUUCCUCCUUGCUUGAGACUCCAUACAACAUGAACUGAAGGGCAGGCUGUGGGUUUGUGCAUUUGUUACAUAUUUGAUUCCAAAGAAGGGAUGAGCGACGUCGGUCAUUUUGGAAGAGCAAAGUCCUCUGUUUGAGAAGAUUGGACCUCUGCGUUCAUCUGCAAGUUCUUCUGUUUGCAUCCAAAAACAUCAAGAUGACGUUUUCCAAGUAUCCCCAUGGAACAUUUUCGUGUUUUCAGUACUCUGUUUAGAAAAAGAAAAUUCAGCAAGGGUAGAACAGCAACAUUUGGAGGCAGAUGACAGCAAAAUAAUUUACACUUCCUCUUCUCAUCAUGAGGCCAAACUUGUGUGUGCAAAUCAGAAAGUUCCUUAGCUCUCCCUUCUUCCCCUUCCCCCAGCUCUGGGUGACUUGAUGAGAAAGUGGCCACUUUGAUGCAUUCUCCCAAAGACAAAAACGACAGAAGCAUCACUUGUGACAUGAUGGACAUAAGUGGGUUGCUGGAACAGAUACCUCUGCAUUUGGUUGGUUGGUUUGGAUGUCUGUCUGUUUGUUUUUAGCACCUCACUUUGAAACCCAUUGAAGUAGAUAGGCAUCCUAUUUAAAAUCAGUCUGGGAUGGGGUUCCUAAAUGCAAUCCCUUUGUGGUUCUAAACGCUUUUAAAGGAUUUUCUAGACAGGCUAUGAGGAUUUAAUGUGUAUAGUUGUGCCACCAACAUCCCUUCCCAUAUGAGAACUUAGAACACUGGAGUGCCUUUAUACAUCACUUGUGUAUCUGGAAACAUUCCAUAGGAUUAACUAAGAUUUAGAACUGCUGUGUGAGUGCACAAAUCUUUCUGUGACCAAGGUAUUGCAAUUCUAAGGCAUGUUUCCAAAGAUGGGAGUGACCUGUCGGAGGGCUCCUGUGUUCUGGGCAUUCUGGUUCUGCUGAUGUCCAAAUAGGAGAGGCCUGAUUCAACUUCAUGGGUCCUAAUGUCUUUCUGAGUGUGCACCUGAUACGAUGUUUGGAAGGAGGGCUCUCAUUUGUGCUUUUGGCUAAACUUGAUAUUGACCAUUUGGAAGAUUCUGAUUCUACAGAGACAUGUAUUCUAUAAACCACACUCUUAACUGCUAAAUUAAGCACUUGGACUCUCUGAAGGCAAGAGCACCAGCCCUUCAUGCAAAAGUAGCUAAUGGGAAAGGCGGUAAAAUCAUUAAAUUCUAAAAUUCUUUAUUCAGAAGCCAUUCUGCUCUUUCUGAAUUGGCAGAACAAUUAUGUCUAAAUAUCCACUAUGAAACACUAGUUUCACCUACUUUUUCCCUUGGUGCUGGAAGAAGAAAGAUAACGUUGCCAGUUCGCCCUUAAAAAUAUAUGGGACAUGUUGGACCCAUGCAUAAGGUGUGUUUUCCUGUAUAUCUUGCUCAGCAUGUUGACUAAAGCCCUUCUUGAUGUCAUAAACAUUGCUAACAUAGCAAAACUCAUGUGCAUUUAAAAAAAGAAAAGAAAUGAUUGGUCGGUUUUGGUUCUAAGUUGGCAGUUUGGCUUGCGAGUCCUUGUUCUUCUUUUAAUGUGUAUGAAUCCUUUUGUCGCUUGUUGCAAAGGGAUCCUCGCUGACAUUCCUCAGGAGGAGAAAUCAUCUCUUAAAAAAGAAGAAGUAAAAAUAAGUUUUUAACCUUUUUCCUAAACUUGUAUUUUGUCCUUCCCUUCCUAACAGUGACUUGUUAAACUGGAUAUUACUCCAGCUUGGGUGAAAAAGCUAAUUCCGGUCAUGUCAAUUUUUCCUGAUAGUUGCUUGGUGCUCUUAAGGCACAGUCAAGUGACACAGGUCUAAGGCAAUCCCAGCCGUUCUGAAAGUACUCUCAAACAGAACAGUAACAUAAGAAAUUUGCUACAUCUGUUCUAUAAAAUGGUUUGUGAUCCUAUACCAAGUAGUGAUUUGAACGUUAAACCAAAUUGUGCAAAAUGUGACCCUGCUAGUUUUUAUGUGGAGGAAGGAGCAGGCUGGAAAGUGAACUGCAGUCUCAAUGAAAUCGUUGGCAUGCAAGUUAUACUUUUCUCUGGAGUUAAACUCCUUAAUGCUGUUUAGAAAUUGGACACCGCCUUUUAACGCUUAGCUGCCUGAUCCCAUACCACUUGCAUUUCCCCAGCAGUGUGGGUACUUCACCAGAAACGGGGACAAGUAUAAAAGUUUUUUUAAAGAUAAAAAUUGUAUAUUUGAAAUGGCCAACUAGAUUUUUUUGACAAGGCAAAACGAGAUCUCUCAUGGACUGUGCCAGUUUCCCACAUUAGACACAUCUUUGAUUAUUUUAAAAUAAACUUCAUUGCUAGAUGCCCCCUCCCAACUGUCAGCAGACUUCGUCUUCCACUGUCAACCCUUCUGCUCCUAUGUUCAUAAUUAAGUUUACUGUUCAUAACCAACCUGAAGUUUAUUUUUUAGUCAAGGUUACACUUGUUUCUUCUGUAUAUGUUGCACUGAAAGUUAAUAUUUAAUGUUUUAAUUUAUUGUGUGGUUAAAUUAAUUUGAUUUAUGUAAAAUGUUUAUGUGAUUGGCUGUUAUUUCUUCCUUAA